AACGGGCCACCCCCCAUGUAUAUUUGAAUAGGGUAGGUACAUUUAUAUGCGGGCUACAGCACCUUACAAACGCACUACGAGUUUUUAAUGUACUGUAGUAAUGAUUACAAGAGCAUGUCACUCCAAACCGUCCGGAAUGUCGUACUGUUGUUCAGCAAUCCCAGCUGGUCGGGUGGCCAUUCAGUUCCUAGUACCAUUCUCAGAAAUAUCACCGCGUUAUCUAGUCAGAUAGCGUAUUCCGAAGAUCUACUUGGAAAUAUUACUACUCUCUCAACUACCUCAGUGUCGACGGAGAACGGCGUCGUUCAAGGUCUAUUAUAUGUACCAGACCUCGACGAUAACGAUCCGUGUCAAAAUCUAUCCGCAAAAUAUAUACCGCAAAAUGCAACGCGGCAAGUAAAUUUACCGACUACAAAUUACAACCUUAUAGCUCUGGCGCCAUGGAUCAAUGCCGACUGCACGAAGUCGUUCCUUGCUUCGGCCAGACAGGAUCCCCUUAGAGGAAUGUUAGUCUAUCUGCCAGAUGGUGAUAACAGCCAACCACCAGAUGAGGACGAUGGCGCCUGGGAUCUCGGGGACGGAGGUGCCUGGAAAACACAGAACCAUUAUCCUGUCUACGCAAUUCCCAGUACUUCCGGGACUGAAAUGAUGCGACAACUUAGCCUUUAUUCUGGUGAUUUAUCCCAGGUACCCUUCAGCAGCCAGAUUAUUUCGACAUAUUCUCCAAACCCAGCAGAUUACGUACGCGUAUGGACGGAACUAACAGUGGUUACCAUAUCGACAACACUUCCACUCUGGGCUUUUAUCCUAAUCAUACUUGGAGUAAUUGUGGUUGUCAUUGGUAGCACGUCACUACUUAUGCAUUUCGUCCAGAAUCGACGCCGAGCUGCAUUGCGACGUCGAGUAAUGCGGGGCGAAGUGAACUUGGAAGCUUUAGGUAUCAAGCGACUAAUAGUACCGCUUGACCACGUUCAAACCUUUACGUUGUUUACAUAUAAUUACGAUCCGCCAAUACCGGCGUCACCUACAUCACCUACGUCACCUUCGUCACCAACGAUCCCACAAGGGAAAGGGCGGAGAUCAUCGGAAGUCAGCCAGGCUGCUGCAAAUGAGAAAAACGAACCAGCUAUUAAUUACCAACCCGCGUGUCUUAUCUGCGGAGAAGAUUUUGAGUCUAGGAAGACAAUCAUCCGAGAACUACCAUGCGGCCACAUAUACCACCCCGAAUGUAUCGAUGAAUUCUUGAGCCAACUUAGCUCAUUAUGCCCCUCUUGCAAGUCAUCAAUGCUCCCUCCUGGCUAUUGCCCCAAAAUUACCAAUUCGAUGGUACGAAGGGAAUUUGGUACUCGGAGGUUGAGGUCGCGGGGUGGCAUGAUACACAUAGACGUUGAAAGAGGUCGCCAGAGAUUAUCAUCAUGGAGUAGUUCUAUGAAGAAACAUAUCUGUCGAGUGUCAUCUCCAAAUCCAGUGGAAGCUGUCGACUUGCAAGAGCAGCCAAGGGUUGAUAGGUCUAGUACUGUUGGGAUGACAAGGGAGCGUAUGCGAGAUUUAAUUGUGCCCGUGGACGAAACGAAUAGCGACGACGGGCGACCUCAAUGGAAACGUACGGCUUUAAAAGUCUUCCCGGGAUUUAGAUAAAGGUUCAGGGGCCAGGUUUAUACACCAAAGGAUUGGGGCAUCAUUUAGCAUGGUCUGGCGUUUGAUUUGGGGGAAUGGCAAAGCAUAUUAUGGCUGAUAUAAAGUCUACUGGGGCGUUCGUAAGGGAUCUUGGAUUUCUUGGUGUCUUGGGCAUCUUGGACGCGGGGUCUUGGUUGGUAUAUUAAGGACUCGGAACUGCAUAUGAAGACUGCUUGGAUAUACCCAGAUUCGACGCGAUCAAUAUUUCUCAAGGAAUACAAAAGUAAAUUCCCAU